AUGAUUCCGGCAGAAAUCAACGGAUAUUUCCAAUAUCUAUCACCGGAAUACAACGUAAUAAACAUGCCUUCAUCUCCAACCUCUUCCUUAAACUACCUAAACGAUUUGAUCAUCAACAACAACAACUAUUCCUCAUCAUCCAACAGUCAAGAUCUCAUGAUAAGCAACAACUCAACUUCCGACGAAGAUCAUCAUCAAAGCAUCAUGGUACUCGACGAGAGGAAACAGAGAAGGAUGCUUUCGAACAGAGAAUCUGCAAGGAGGUCAAGGAUGAGGAAACAGAGACAUCUUGAUGAACUCUGGUCUCAGGUAAUAAGGCUUCGCAACGAGAACAACUGUCUUAUCGAUAAGCUGAACCGCGUAUCGGAGACUCAAAAUUGUGUAUUGAAGGAGAACUCUAAACUCAAAGAAGAAGCUUCUGAUCUCCGACAGCUUGUUUGUGAACUGAAAUCUAACAAGAACAACAACAAUAGUUUUCCAAGAGAGUUUGAAGAUAAUUAG